UUAUUACAUUAACAAAUCAUAAAAGUUGAUUUAACGACCGUUUAAUUUCGCCAGAUGAAUUUCCAGCAGCGUUGGUUUUUCCCGAGACGUUUCCAUUAUUGUUUUCGCAACGUGUGGUGUCGGUAGCGAACUUCGCAAAGACCUUCAGAGGGAGAUACCGACAGUCCACGAGGAAAUAUGUCCGUCAGCGACAAAGCAGUAUCCACGGAAGAUCUAUGCACCGAUGAAGGCACGGACUCUACAGCGCUCGGCGUCUUGAAACUGGAAGCGUUCCUCAACACCCUCGUCGAGAACAAAGUCGAAGCUUUAAAAAAUGAGAACGUCAAAGCUGCGAGCCUCCAUUCGAGUCCUAAAAGGCUCUUUCAGCGACUCAAGGUCAACUCGUCGCCUAAAAUCACCGUCAAGGUCGAGCGCGAACGCAAAACCGCCUCGAAGCAUCGCCAGAGGGCCAAGCGCCGGAAGACCGUUUCGGAAGCGAGCCAGUUCAAACGUAAAGUUUUAAGGCAGGAACCUUCGACGUCGUCGCCGGAUAGUCAAAUCUGUAGGCAGCAAUCUAUCAGCGACGAUGAGAAAUAUCGCUACGGUCACUUCUACAACAGCUGCGUGGAGGGCAGUUGCCUCUCGUUACCGGAGACGACCAACGUGUGCUACUGCCACGGGGAAACCCACAGGAUCAUGCCAGUGGCGUGCGACGACUACGUGUCGUUAAAGAUCGACGAGUACGGCGACGUGGAGACGGAGAUCAUGCUCGACCAGGAGGAGGUGCGCCGCGUGCGGAGGAAACGCAGACGAAGGAGGAAAAAGAAAAUGAGAAAGCGGCUGCCGAUGAAUCCGCACUUGGCCGAGACCGGCUUCGACCAAGAGAGCUUCAAGCACCUCAACGACGACGAACUACCACCUAGAGCGAAAUGGACCAUCGUCGCCACCGCUUGCCUGCUGCUUUUCAUGUGCCUGUUGCUUGUUGGGAUCACCCUCAGGAUGGCUCCUAUCAUUGACGAAAUAGUUCGCGAAGAGAACGAAAAACUGAUCAACUCCAUCGCCAACGCGGGCAACAUGUCCGCAGAAUCCGUCCCGUCGGCAGCCAUAAGAUGAAGAAGGUCUGACGAACAUGCUGACGUCACUUACGCGAGGAGCUCCCCAAAAACAUCGCCCACGAAAAUAAUAACAUGCUGUAUAUUGUUUUUGCGCGUCGACCUAUAUUUUCCGGACGUAAAUUCAACCGACGCGACCGUAAAAUAACGAAUAGCCGCAAUCUAGAUGUGCGGAAUUGUGCGGAAAAUGUUUACGGCGGCUAUGAAACAAUCGAAUUUAAUUAAAACACGCCGCGGCCGUAUGUUUCGACUGACGGUUUUGAUAGCGGUUUCCCGCUUUUGUUUUUGCCCCAAACGUAGAUUUUUUUAUUCCAGUUACUGGGCGAAUUAAUAUACUAGAUGUACACCGCGUGCCAAAUAAAACGAUCCGCUAUACGAUCUGGAAACGCAUAGGAGAUACGAAAAAAAGUUUCGUACAAAAGUUUCUUGGACGCUCCUGAAGAUACAGGGUGUCCCAAAACGUCUCGUCCGACAUCAACUUUGUUAUUUUAAAUAUAACACCCUGCAGAUAUCGACAUUUUUGGAAUCCUUGGUUAAAAUAAAGGUAACUGUCUUAAGAAGUUCUUAUUCGAAUUUUGCACAGUUUAGGCAUAAAUUGAGGUUAUGUGUUUUUUUUUUUCAUAUUUUGAUUGCCCCAUAUAAAACUCCACUGAUAUAGUAUUGAAAAUUUAGCCAUAGACUAAGAAGAUGACUUUUAAAGCUGCCCACAUUAGGUCACUUUUUGGCAAUACUUAUUAUUAUUAUUGCUGACAGUACAGGGUGUCCACUAAUACGUGGAAAUUUUGAGAAAAAUCGACUCUAUACUACACAACACUUUAACAGACUUAACAAUCCUUCAGAAUUCAUAUUUAAAGAAACAUUUUAUAGUUGAUUAUCUAGCUUUCAGUCAACCUAAUAACAAAAAUAAAUAAUUAAAUUUUAUAGGUCAACCAAAAAACUAUAACUGAUGUAAGAUACAAAUAAAAUAUAUACUAACAAAAAACUUGCAACUAUGAACUUUUUGAAAAACAACAAAAACAAACAGAAAUGACAAAGUUUGUUUAUACCUUAAUUGUGAUGCCAUAGCCAACUACAUUUUUAAAUAUUUUGAUAUUUCUUUCUUGUUUUGAUGCCAGAGGGAAGUUUUAUUAAAUCUGUAUUAUUAGUAAUAGGUUUUGUUCAUAUAUCUCGAAUAUUAUAUCUUUAAAGGAAGUAGUAUCACGUCUUUGAAAUCUAAAAAUACCUAAUAUUGCCAACAAAUGACCAAACGGGGGCAGCUUUAAAUUCAACAAGAAUUUAUACGGGUGUUAUCUUAAACCUCGGAUAUCUCGAAAAGUAAGUAAGAUUUUAAUAUGCGAAUAAAUUACAAACUUACAUUAUUUUUUGUCCUGGUAUUGAUAUCUGAAUAUUUGAGAUUUUCUUAAUUGAAUUCGCCAAAAUGGAGUUGUUUGGGGCACCCUGUAUAAGCUGAGGCUUAUCCGUCAAAUUGAUGGAAUAGUGCAUCAUAUCCUUGUCUGUGGUAAAAUUUUCGUUGCAAUACUUGCAUCAGUAACGUCACAAUACAAUUUUAUAUGGAACAAUCGAAAUAUGAGAAAAAAACAUAAAACCUCAAUUUCUGCCCAAACCAUGGAAAAAUUCGAAUCAUGGUUUCCUAAGAAAGUGACAUUUAUUCUAACCAAGAGUUCAAAAAAUGACGAAAUAUACAGAGUGUUUCAUUUAAAAUAACAAAGUUAUAUUUUAAAACUUCAGGAGAGUCCACGAAACUUUAGUACGCAACUUUUUUUCGUAUUUCCAGAUCGCAUAGUGGAUCGUUUUAUUUGGCCCACGGUAUACCUAAAAACACUUAAAACUAUCUAAUAAAGCUAAGCAAACUUUCCGAUAUUUAACCUGAUGAUUGAUUGGGUCCAAAUAAGAACCACCUUCACCAAUAUAAAUUUGAUGACAUCUGAAUUUCGGCAGUUUUCUAUGUUAUCCGGGGUCGGAAAUAUUAAAAUCGUAUAUUACUCCGCUGGUACAACCCUGACCACCUCCGUUUUAAAAAAACCAUUUCGUUACACAAAUAUACCGGUGUAGCAAUACAAAGUAUCAAAAUUACUGGUUAGUUUGGUUACUGGUUAAGGGCCAUUCCUAUAAAGCUAUUUUCAAUGCACAAUAACUACGUAAUGACCACUAUUACUCAUAUUCAAUGACAUUAAACUAUACGGGGGGACCAAGUUUUCGAACACAUACACCGUUCAUUUUGAUACACGUGGUUUUAAAGGCAAAUAACAGAAAUUUAUGGGUAGACCUUCACAAGUCGAGAGUAAGAUAAAAGAAGGUUGAAAAUGGAUAUUUCCAUAGAUUUUCAAGAGAUUUAUCCCUGAAGGAAUAUGAGUAAAAAUAAACUUAUUGACUUCCAUGCUCUCUAUUAUUCGCUACCAUAACGUAUUGCCUGGUCAGGUGUAGAGGCCAAGAAUGUCCAAAUAUGGUUCUAUCGCCACGAGGUUGCGAAUGAAGUAUCCUAUUUAGUAUUUGACGAUGUGUCAGAGCUUUAAUUCUUCAACUCGAGGUACUGCCUUCGCGUGGGUGCGAUUGUUCCGGCCCUGACACUUUAAUGAUGAACCAAAUAAGAACGUCAAAAACAAAGCAUCAGUUCCCCGGUUUCAGGAAUCAGGACUGGCCUGCCCUCAAUAUCAAAUACCGUCGAGAUCUCGAUUUUAAAAGACUCUGUUAUGUUUUGACAAUCACGAACCUUUAACUUUGCUCAAAUCAACGUAACACGUAAUACGUAAUGUUUAGUCCGGGUCCUAAGUGUUUUUCUGUUACGGUUGAUGUGAUAUGUAAUGUGUAAACCCUCACCCCUAACCAACCCCCCCCCCCCAAACCCCAAACCGCGAUGACUAUUUUGAUUAAUUAUAUAUAUAUAUAUGUAUAUAACGAUAAAUGUAUAUUUAGGCAGCUGCGGCGUUAAGCAAGUUCUGAUCCUUUAGGACAUUCAUGUGGUGUGGCGGGUUCUUUGACUUAUCCCUAAAUAUGCGGAGGGAUAAAGGGACUAGAGCUUUUUCGCAGUACCGUUAGGCAACUUGAAAGAUGCGAAACUGCACGGUAAACACCCCUACGUUCAUUUUAGCCCUCCAGCUGUCUCCAGAAAAUGUUACGAAUUGAUUUUGUUCGUCGAUUGACAACGAACCAUGAUGAGGUUGUUUUCCGCAAAAUGUAUGUCCUCUGUAACCUUCGGAUGGAGUUAUAAGACAAUCAAUGACGUCUUUUCCGUUAAAUAUACAGAUCGCGUGUUGUUAUUCUAUUCUGAUAAAUAAUAUUUUUUCAAUGAAUCGAUGCUAAUUAUGUUAUAAGAUGUAUAUGUAUUUUUCCUCAAAUGUGUAAAAAAAAUAAUCAAAGUUUUAAAUGGUGUUCUUAAAUAUAACUGUUACAUGUGCAAAAAUUGAGGUUAAAUGAAAAUAAAACCUG